AAACACACACACUCCCGCACAUACAACCACACACAUUCACAAUCUCACGUAUCUGAACAGAAUGAUCCAUAAGGAGUCUCGGUCUUCAGACCAUCUAACAACAGCCUCACGUAGAGUGGUGAUGAUGUCAAAAGUGGCAGUAGCUUUGGCCGCUUUCUUCCUGCUGGCCAGUAUAGCGGUCAUCAUUAGUAUAGCAGUUGUACAAACUCAUAAGAGGAGAUAUGUAUCCCCUGGACUAAAGUAUGGUAUUGUACUGGACGCAGGCUCCUCCAAGACUGCUAUAUAUCUCUAUGAGUGGCCUGCUGAGAAAGAAAACAACACUGGAGUUGUGACCCAGACAACAAAGUGUCAGGUCGAAGGGCCUGGAAUUUCAGAUCUUCGUACAGAUGCGGACCAGGACAAGAAGACAUGGAAAAGUUUUGAUUCUUGCAUGACAGAGAUCUCCAAGGCCAUCCCGUCCAAGCAGCACAGCCAGACUCCGGUGUUCCUCGGAGCAACAGCUGGAAUGAGACUUCUACAUAAAAGAAAUCCAGACAGGUCCAACACUAUCCUGAAAGACAUGAAGACAUAUCUGAAGGGUCUUCCUUUUAAUUUCCGAAAUGCUUCAAUUAUGUCCGGGCAGGAUGAAGGUCUGUAUGGCUGGAUCACGGUCAACUACCUGAUGGGAAACUUUCUCGAGAAAAACUUAUGGAAUGCCUGGGUACAUCCUCACGGAUCUAAAACCGUUGGCUCAUUGGACUUGGGUGGAGCCUCCACCCAGAUUGCCUUUGCUGUUUCUGAUGAUGCUAAAGGUGAAGACAUCAUUAAGGUUUCGCUAUAUGGCUAUGACUACAACAUCUACACGCAUAGUUUCCUCUGUUAUGGGAAAAACGAAGCUGAGAAGAGAGUUUGGGCCAAACUUUCAAAGGAAUCAAGCAAUUGGACUAAUGUGAGGAACCCGUGUUACCCUGCUGGCUACAACGUCACCAUGCCUGCAGAGGACGUUUUUGGCAGUGAGUGUACAAAGAGCCAAAUUCCUGCGAAGUAUACCCCAAAGCGAGAAAUCACUUUCUUUGGACAGAGUAACGCUGAACAGUGUAAAGCACUGGUGAGGAGCAUCUUUGACCUGACUUCUUGCCAGGGAGCUGAAAACUGUUCGUUUGCUGGAGUUUAUCAACCACCACUCAGUGGAGACUUCAUGGCUUAUGCAGGGUUCUACUGGACUGCCUUGUCACUUGAUGUGAAGGGAUCCAAGAGUAUGGAGACGUUCGAUGAAAACAUGAAGCGACUUUGCACACACGACUGGAAAUCACUAAAGAAAACGUAUGAGGGCAAAGACUCACAUUUGAAGUCCUACUGCUACUCAGCAAACUAUGUGCACACUAUCCUUUCAGAUGGAUACAAGUUUAACACUGGCAACUGGAAAACUCUCAAUUUUCAGAAAGAGGUGAAUAAGACCAGUAUAGCCUGGUCCCUGGGCUACAUGCUUGCACUGUCCAACAUGAUUCCAGCAGAAGGGAAAAUCCUCAAGCUUCCCAUUAACAACGUCCUCUUCACUGGACUGCUUCUGACGUUCUCCGCUCUGACCAUCAUCACCCUCACGUACCUCGUCAUCGCAAUGGCACGCUACUGUUACUGAUGUUUGUCAUCUGACCUCCGCCUGAUCUUUGCUCAGUUCUUGUCCGGAGGACUUUUGUCCUGCCUAAGCAGGUUUUUUCCAGUCAGGUGAGAUCCUGACGUGCCGCUGCAGAUGUACCUGCUAAAGAAGGAUUUUUAAUUUUGGGACCUGAAGGUACUGAAGGUUUUGAAGGUCCAGCACUGCUGAGGUUUUAAAAAUACCUGAAUGUUAUUCAGUGUAUUGGCGAUUUAAAGAGACGUGUUAUUAACUGUUAUAAAUAGCAAACUUCUGUUUUUAAGAGAAAGUGUACAGGUAGUCUGGCCUGUACUGCGGUUCUGAAUGAAAAUACAGAGUUAACUGUUGUAUAGAGUAAUCGUAUAUAUAAAAAAGUAUCUACUGUGGUCAUGAUAUUGUUUUGAUUGUGUAUAAUUGUAUAAUGUUUGUCUCACUUCACUGCAUCAUGCCUUCAUAUCUUCAUACAUUCAUUCAUUCAUGUAUUUCUGCAUGUGCUCUUCAGAACACAUUGUCUUUGGAUGAAAUAUGUCAUUGCACUGAAAAUAAAUGUUAAGGUUGUUUACUGACAGUGUAGUGUAGACUGAUGAUUAUUUACAUUAAACAUAAAGCAUAGGGUCUGUAUUCACUGCCAUUGUAACAACAACAACAUGGACAAUGUCUCUGUUUUGCGUCCAAAGAAUAAGACUUAUGGGUUUUGAAUGACCCCAAGGUGAGUAAAAAAUGACCAAAUUUACAUUUUUGGGUGAAGUACUGCAAUAUGAUGCAAAACCUGUGAUGAACAUUUAAAAAACCAAAAGGAUUUGCUUACAUACUAUAGCAUCAGGAAGUUCAGGCACAGAUGUCGGCUCACAUCUGGUGUUAGGGCAUUUUCAUGCUGCAUGACUGUAAUAGCUGAAAUAACCUGUUACAUGUUGUUAGAAAGGGUGGACUCAUAGUUUGGCCAUGUUUAUGAUGUGAUAAUGUUUGUUGAUGUUGCUAAUAAAAAAUAUAUAUCUAUAUAUACACCAGCAUUCAAACAUUCAGCAUGUUUAAGUUCA